AAAAAUUCUAUUGUCGCGACAGAUUGCACGAUAACGUGGAUUGGUUUUACGGACCUGUCACCCCGAAGGACGUCGAAAUGGCGGGAAAUUUGCACCGGUCGAACCGACAGAAUCUGGCGAUACGUACGGACCCGUCUCUUUCGAGACUGGGAAGUUCAAUGCGCACAAACGUGUAUCACGUCGCGACAAAACGAGACCGCAAGGUCUAUAGUAAGCUUGUGCGCGCGUGUAUCACGGCCAACAAUCUUCAUGGACGCACACACGUAAACGCGCCUGUAUUCGCGAGAGCUUAAUCUGUGCAUGAGUGAGGCGCUCACAGUUAACAGUGCGCGAGCUUAAAUCUCCGCUUAGAGUUCGUUUUCAGAGGAAUAGACAACUAUCCUAGACAUUUUUAAAAUGUAUUUUAUCGAAAGGCUCGUACGGAUAAGUGCCCCACGUUAUAGACUCGUGUCUUUUUUGCCAAUCUUUUUCGAGGCUGUGUCGCGUAAACAAUGUUUCUACGGCUCACAAUUCGACCAUCCGAGAUCCAGAUCAUUUUAAGAUGCGAGAAACAUUUGUGCUAGAGACGUGGGAAAAAAGAAUCGAGUGUAAUGGGAACGCGAAUGGCGAUGAUACCAGAAAUUGAUCAACGCGGUUAAAGAUCGAAUCACGUAACGCGUACGAGCUUUCAAUCGCGCGCGAUGCAAAUGCUCGGAAACGAUCGAUGUUUGGGUCGACUGAUGAAGAAUGGUGGCGGGUUCUUCGCUUUUCACUAAUCAAGAGAGCGAUUCACAGAUGGGAAAGGCUAAGGCUACUAACACAGCUUACUAAUCCAGGCGAGAGUAAAAUUGUAUCGAUAUAUCACACGCAUCGCAUAUGUGCGUAUUAUGUUAUUUUCGUGAAAGAAACUAGGUCGCGAAAUUGCAAAUAACCAAGAGGCGUUCUCGUUUUCGAGCUCGAAGGCAGUCUAGUCAGGAAAGAAAGGGACUCCUUAAAGAGGAAAUUAUGACGCGACCAAGAUAAGGGGAGAUUAUACGAUGAACUCGAAACGUCAAAGUGUAAAUAUAGGAGUGCGAUAAGUAAGUGGAUCGUAUCAUGAAUCUCGUUGAGAUUCUGUCGUCGAAGCGCCACGUAAACCUUGAACAAGUUUCGAACGAAUCGGCCUGGGUUAGGUGCGUGUCUAUGAUAUAACAAUGUCUGUAACAAUGCUUGUACUGCGUCGCAAUUACCAAAGGCAAAUCAAGUAACCAAAGAACCGUUUAAUGAAGCUUUAAGUCGAGUCGAUCUUGGCCGGUAUUAUCGUUGCGUUACGAGGCUGGGUCAACGGUCUAAUUCAACUUGGGGAUGCUCGAUUCUCGUCAAAUAAUUGAUCUCACGUAUUUGAAAUUUGUAAGUUAGGUAUCGUUGUUUAAAACAUCCAGAAAUGACACGGUACUUUGUCGAACAAAAAGAAGAAAGAAAAUAAAAGAAAAAAGAAUGAAACAUCUCAUGUUCAACUAUCCUUGGGUAGAAUUUUAUUUCCGAUAACGAUGAUUGAAACACCUGGUCUUUUAACCUGAAAUUGAUCGAUCGCUGUCCCGGUAUUUGAAGAAAUUCAAAACAAUAAUAGAAGAGGAAUAAUGAGGAUUGGUGAGGCGCGUGCAGAAUCGGAGGCGGUGGUAGUAGCGAAUGAUAGAGUCGCAGGGGAGAAAGGUGAGAGGUCGCAGACGAAACGCAGGCAGGAGGGUCGGUAGAACGAAAGGGGUAUAGAAAGAGUCUGCCGUCGCCGGCAGGGCAGCAGGGCAGCAGGGUGUGCAGGGGUGUAGGGGGUGAAAUCAGACCGAUAUCGACCGCGAAUUGCGCUUGCGUGGAAAAAGGCGCGCAAUCGCCGUCGAGGAAACGACGUUUCGUAUCGUCGCGAGGAAGAGGAAGCUCUCGCAGUCGGUCGAUCGUCGCGGCGACGAGCACGGAGAAACGCCGUUCUGUCGUCCCUUUUUAUCGACAGACUCGUUAUCCCACGACCAAUCCUCUUCUUGCACCUUCAACGUUCGAUCGUUUCGCCCGAAAAAGAAAAUUGCUCUUGCCGCAUCACGAGCGCCACGGUUCAGCUCGAUUCGUCGCCCGUCGCGCGUGGAAACCCAGCGCGUAUUCAUCGAACACGACACUUUCGCUCCAACUUCCGGUAUCCUUCUAGCCCUUCUCGGUGAUUCCAAUGCGCGCACGAACCGUCCUCGUAUUUCCGGGAAGGCAGCAGCACGCAAGACGGGAGAAUCAUUGCUGGUAAGCGUACCGUGCGUCGAAAUCGUAGGCGAGAAGCGUUUGGAGAACCAAACUACCUGCCAAAGGGAGAAACGAUUGAUUCGUCGUGCCUUCGGCGUCUUUCGACUCCUUCUCUCCAAUCGUUCACCGACUCUAUCCCAGUUUCAUCCUCCACGGGAAGGUAAUUCGACCAACGGCUCCAGAAGCUGACAGGAAUGAUCGCGAAUUUCUCGGGUGGAGUUCAACGCGAUUACAGGGCAAAUCUGCUCGAGAAAUCGUGCAUAAGAAUCGUGGCGAGAGAGAAAAAGGAAAUGCCAGCGUAGCAAGAAAAAAAGACAGCGUUGGAGAGACUAUCGGAUAGAUAAGUGUCCGAUAACCGGAGCGUAGCUUGCUUACGUGUCUCCGUCGCUGACUAACAACUCCCUUCAACGUUACCGAUUCCUUUUCCUCAAACACCGUGCCGAUAAAAGAUAAACCUGGAACUUGAUCCAAGGUGAUACGAUCAGCCUGGUCCGACCGAAAUUCACGAUCGGUUCCAGUAUCGCUCUACACGUGACAAAUGGCGUCGAGCAUCGAAAUCUCUCGAGCCUGAGAGACUCCAAGGCUGUGUCUGGACCGAGGAAGACAAUAAAGGGCAAAUGGCCGCGCUUAAUCUGCAGCAAACCGUUUUAACUGAAACGGCUGCUUCUGAAACACGCGAGCAAGUCGAGCUGACGGAACUGUUGCCUGUGAAACACUCGCGCAUUAGGGAAAACGUUGUCUUCGAAGAUUCAAAUGCAAACUUGAACGGAAAUUUAGACAGAGACGCGAAUCCCGAGGAUGCAACAGACGCUUUAAAAGUGCUACGGAGAUUUGCCACCGAUGGUUGCAUCGAGGAUGACCAAGAGUUCCAGCUGCGGAAUUUCACGUUUUGCGGGAAGAUCGAGCGGCAACGAAAGCAAGGAAAUGACAAACAGUCGCAAGGGAAACCUCACGAGGGGAAAGAGAAGAUGGAGGAUCGGACGUUCGAGGGCGAAGCGAUUAAACGGAAACGGAAGGGUAUCGGUAGAAAGACCGUCCCUCGGGCAAAGUCCCGAAAGAAGAAAUUCGUUAGCAGAGAGCAAGGAGAAGGAAACGGGGGGAAUGGGUUCGGAGAAAAGAAGAGGACCUUACUGGACUGCGAGGAUAAAGCGUAUCUGGAUUUCGACAGAAGCAAGGAUUUCAGCGACGAGAUUUACGUAUUUAGACGUGAACCUUUGUACCCCAACGCUCGAAACGAUUAUCCCACGAGCACCAAUGUCGCGUUAUUCGAACAUAUGCCUUCUCAAGAAGAGAUCGACGACCAGGAAGAUCCCACGGAAGAAAAGUCCUGUUUAAGCAUCGAGGCGAUCAUCGAGGCCAACUACCUUCUCGAAGGCGAAAACAACAACGUGUUGCGUUCGGCCAGAGAGAAGGUUCGCGACAUGUGCGUAAAUUCGUUGAGCCUGGACACGAGUAGCGAAUUAUCCAGGAAGGAAUACAUCGAAACAGAAGUUGACAACAUCGACGUUGACGAGGACGAGGCAUUGUCCAACUGUACCGAGUACGAGGAAAAGAAAUACUGUUGCGUGGUCUGCGAGGCACGAUUCAAAGGUAGCGGAGGACUCCGUAAUCAUUAUAAGAUCGUGCACGGAGCAGGACCGAUUUUCAAAUGCGACGAAUGUGGAAAAGAGUUCCCUCUGAAGGAGAGGCUGAAGCUUCACGUGAGGACUCACACCGGCUUCAAGCCGUACAAGUGCCCAGAGUGCGAUAAGAGCUUCGCCAGAGGUGGCCAGCUGGUGCAACAUCGACGCACUCACAGCCAGGUAAAGCCUUACCGUUGCGGUCUGUGUUCAGGCACGUUCACCUGUGCAGCAAACUUGGCGCUUCACGUGAAACGCCACAACGGUCAGAAGGAUCAUAAAUGCGAGAUCUGUGGCCGAGCAUUCGUUCGACGGGAUGCAUUGAAGAAACACCUAGAAUGCCUUCACAGAGACGUAAAAUCCUUCUUGUGCGUCAUCUGCAACAAAACGUUCAAAGGCCAUCUGCCUCAGCACAUGAGGACUCACGCUCGCGAUAGACCCCAUGGAUGCGCCACUUGCGGCCAGAGAUUUGCGCAAAAAUCCCAGCUGACCGUUCACCAGAGGACACACUCUGGACAGAGACCGUUCAGGUGUCUCGUCUGCUGGCAGGCGUUCGCUCACUCGACGGCCCUCAAGCUACACACUAGGAGACACACCGGGGAAAGACCCUUCAAGUGCGCCGAGUGCAACGCUGGUUUCACUCAGCUACCUCAUUGGAAGAAGCACAUGAAGUGUAUCCAUGGCAGAAACGAGCCCUAUGCUUGCAAACGAUGCAAGAGUUUCUUCAGGAUCAAAAACGACCUCGAAUGCCACGAAAAAACUUGUCAUCCGGAGUUAGGCUCGAGCAAUCUGGAUGGAUCCAGCAACUCGGAAACUAUCCUCAACGAAAUCAUGGACAAACCCUCCCUACCGCCUUCCAAGUACCGAGUGAUGACUGUGGAAAGGAUGAGACUGUUACUCGCUGUAUUGUUGAAGAGGAUCAGCAAGCAGGAGAGGCUAGACGAACUAGGCUUUGGGAAAAGGUUGAUUGACGAGGUUCUUCACGACUCCCUGAUAUCCGCUGGCAAGGAUCCGGUCGUCCGUGACGGGCUCACGGAACUGGAGACUCUUACCAGAAAUCUCGAGAUAUUCCUGAAAUGGACAGUGCCCAAGGAACACUGGGAGAACUUUUGUAGGCUGAAUAAAACUCCCGAAGAUAUCUUAGAAACUCUUACUGCUACCUAAGCAAAAGAUUGGGCUUUGAUCGUCAAAGAAUCGUUUCAACUGCU